CUUUAAACUAAGAAAAAUUUAGCUAAUCAAUAAGAACAGCUAGUGUGUAUUUUCGAUGAGAAGAUCUUCUUCCCCAAUUCGCGUCAUCUCUUCUCUCUUUUCAUACUCUCCGAUCUCAUUGGCUCACAAAUGAAUCCUUCCAUUCUAUUAAACCUUCCUUUAGAUCUCUAGCCCAUGUUUCAGAUCUCUCUUCUUUGGUUCAAUUUUUUGACGUUUUUAGAAAGAAAAAAAAAAUCUUUUGAUUAAAUCUCACGAUCCCUCGAUUUUCUCUCACAAACCCAGUUUUUUCUUUCAUUUUUCGUAAUGGGUUUCACUCCAAUUCGCUUUCUCUUCAUUGUUUCCUUUUUCUUCUUCGUUUUCGCUUCCGUUUCUUUUUCUCAGGAUUCAGGUUUUCAAGCUGAGAAGGAGGAAUCUGAUGGGUCAAUUAAAGAUCUCGGCCGCCGCGGCAUGAUUGUUUCAAAGAACUCUGAGAAUGGUGUACUAGACGAGAAGGUCGGUACCGAUUCCAUAGGUACUAAUCUUGGUUUCGAUCCAGCUGGUCUCGGCGUCCUUGAUGCAUUCUUUGCAAGUUUUUCCAUGAUAAUUGUCAGUGAGAUUGGAGAUGAAACUUUUAUAAUAGCAGCUCUUAUGGCUAUGCGACACCCAAAGUCAACUGUUCUAUCCGGUGCAUUAGCUGCCCUGUUUGUUAUGACAGUACUUUCCACUGGACUAGGUAGGAUUGUGCCGAAUUUGAUAUCAAGGAAGCACACAAAUAGUGCAGCUACAGUUCUCUAUGCAUUUUUUGGGCUUCGGUUACUUUACAUUGCUUGGAGAGCAGAUACAAAGGGGUCUCAGAAAAAGGAAAUGGAAGAAGUAGAAGAGAAACUUGAGACUGGCCAAGGGAAGACAUAUUACCGGCGCUUUCUUACCAGAUUUUGUACACCUAUCUUUUUGGAGUCAUUUAUUUUAACAUUUCUAGCCGAAUGGGGGGAUCGAAGCCAAAUUGCCACAAUUGCUCUAGCAACACAUAAAAAUGCAGUGGGGGUAGCGGUGGGAGCCAUAAUAGGACACACCAUCUGUACGUCACUGGCCGUGGUGGGAGGGAGCAUGUUGGCGGCCAAGAUCUCGCAGCGAACAGUGGCCACAAUCGGCGGCUUUCUCUUCCUUGGCUUUUCCCUUUCCUCGUAUUUCUAUCCUCCCCUAUGAUGAUUUGUAGGUUAAACAUGAUUCUUUUGAAGAACCCAACUCCCGUUGCUCCUUUCAAUUCAAUUUUUCUUAUUGUUUUUGCCUUUAUAGUUUAUAUAUGCAACACUGAAAGUGUUUUAUACUAACUGGUUAAAAACCAGAUCAAUGUCCUUUUCCUUUUUUUGUACACAUGCAUACAUGUAUGGUUUCUUAGGGUAGGGUGUUAUCAAUCAAGUUUUUCGUCAAUCAAUUUUAAUCUUAAAUGUCGGUUUUUA